AGUACGUAAGCAAGAGCUGCAUUAUAAUACCACAUCAUUAAAAAAAGACACUCAGGGCUUUUAAUAAAAUCAAAAUAUUUGCAAUGGUUGUCUGGAAGCGCUUGAUCCGAUUUGUAGCCACUGACGGGCGCGUGCUCCGGGGAGAGCCAAUAUUGCCAUCAGCCGACUUUGAUCUUGGCAAGACAACAGCCGAGACCAAGCUUCAGGCGAAAGUUAUCACUGGUGAAGAUAUUUACGAUACGACUGGAUUAACCAAGGUGUCGGACGAAGUAGUCACUGUGGACGAAUUGCUCGGACCUCUAGCUCAAGAAGAUAUCCCGAUCCUCAGAUGUGUUGGACUGAAUUAUGCAAAACAUAUCAAGGAGGCUGGCCGCUCGCCACCUCCAUUCCCGUUCAUCUUUUUUAAACCAGUGCCUUCUGUCAUUGGCCACAACGAAGAUGUAAUUAUUCCUAAAAUUUGCCAAGACGACCAAGCAGACUAUGAGGGCGAACUGUGCCUCGUACUCAACCGCGAUUGUAAAGAUGUCUCUGAAGCGGAUGCACUGUCGUAUGUUGGAGCAUACACGUGUGGAAACGACAUCUCCUCCAGAAAAUUGCAAAGAGAUCCUGCAUUUGCUGGUCGCAUCCCUCAAUGGGGGUUCAGUAAAGGAUUCGACACAUUCGCUCCACUGGGUCCGGUUUUGGUGAACGCAGAUUUAAUCAAAGAUCCUGCCAAGCUCCACCUGAAAACCAUUAUUAACGGAGAAGUGAGGCAGGACGAAAGUGUAGGAGAUUUGCUCUUUGGCGUUCCAUAUUUGAUCUCGUACUUGAGUUCUGGAACAACGCUACAGAAAGGCAGUGUGAUUAUGACGGGAACUCCAGGAGGGGUUGGGGCAGGUCUCAAUCCCCCCAAGUAUCUUGUUCCUGGAAACGUGAUGGAAGUGGAAAUAUCUGAAAUUGGUACAUUGAAGAAUGGUGUCAAGUUCGCGUGA